AUGGUGUCAAGCAAUGGGAUGAAAGAGAAGAAGGUUGACUUUUGUGCAGUUUGUCAAGGCGUCCAUGAUUAUAGUGAGUGCCCACAGAAUCCUGAAUCUGUAUUUUUCAUGGACAGACAAAAUUUCCCACGACAAAACAAUCCAUACUCUGAAACAUACAAUCCAGGAUGGAGAAAUCAUCCUAAUUUCUCAUGGGGUGGACAACAACAACAAAUGCAUCCUCUGCAAGAGCAGUUUCAGCAAAGGCCUCAAAACCCGCCGGGGUUUUAUGAAAUGCCAAAUCAGCAAGUGAGACCACAAGGAGGUGUAUUCCACCAGGCAUCAGGAAGUAGUUCAAAACCAGCAAUGCCUUCAUCAAAUCAAGAUAUGUCACCUUUCGAGAAAGCAAUGAUGGAGUUUAUGAUCAAACAAGAUCAAAAGACCGAGGCACGUGAAAAGAAUCAAGCAAUUGCUAUGAGAAAUUUGGAAGAUCAAUUAGGGCAAUUAGCACAAGCACUGAACUCACGAGAACCUGGAACGUUGCCAAGUAACACCCAAAAUCCAGGUAAUGUCAAUGAUAAGAGGCAAUGUAAUGCCAUCACACUUAGAUCAGGAAAGGAGUUAGCUCCAAAGAAUCAUGACUUACCAGUCACCGAUGAUGAGCAGCACCCGGUAAGUGUUAAGACUCAUAAAAAGAAGCAAGAAUUGAAAGAUGAUGAAAAAGAGUAUGUCGAUAUUGAGGACAUAACCGAUGAGGAGUACGGGCAGAAGAAACCGAACAAUGAAGCUCUAACAAGUUCAAGUCCAAGUGUUGGAAAUGAAAAGAAAGCCCAAGAAAAAGAUGCUCCAACUGGUGCGACAGUUGCACCAACAACCUUACCUUUCCCACCUAGGAAAAGUAAAUCCAACGAAGAUGAUGGGCAAUUUAAGAAGUUUCUAGAGAUCCUUUCUCAACUUCAUAUCAACAUCCCUUUUGUUGAAGCCUUAAAACAAAUGCCCACAUAUGCAAAGUUCAUGAAGGAAGUUCUUACAAGGAAAAGAGUUUGGAGAGAGUUUGAGACUAUUGCAAUGACGAAAAGUUGCACGUCAAUAAUCAAAAAUAGAUUACCUGUGAAGAAAGAUGAUCCAGGUAGUUUCAUUCUACCGUGCAAAAUUGGAAAAUUUGACAAGAUUGGUUUGUGUGACCUUGGUGCAAGUAUCAAUUUAAUGCCUUUGUCAAUUUUUCAAAAAUUAGGACUUGGUGAAGCUAGACCGACCACAGUUUCACUCUAG